GUUUGUCAUCUCUGGUGUUGCUACUGAUGAUCGAGCUAUGAAACAUUUAUCUGGGGUUGCAAUUGGAGCCACUGUUUCACUUGAUAUAUUGUUCUCCGGGCCACUAACAGGGGAAUCAAUGAACCCUGCAAGGAGUUUGGGACCGGCAUUUGUUACAGGUCAUUACAAAGGAUUAUGGAUUUACAUUAUAGGGCCAAUUUUAGGGGCAAUAUUUGGUGCUUGGACUUACAAUCUUAUGAAACUCACAAAUAAUCAUGCUGUAAAAGAGAUUUGAGAUUCACAAAAAAUUAUAGAAGUGUCCUCAAAAGAUAAGGUUAUAUGCAAGUGUAGUGAAGGGUGGACAUGCAUUGUAACCAAGGCAGAAGAACCAGAAGCAGGCAACAUCUUUUUUGAUUGUGGUGACGAAGGUUGUGUUAGUUGCUAUCUUCUUAUUUGAUGUAUUUGUAAAUAAUAAUUCUGGAGAAAAGAAAGUUAGCGUAUAAACGUAAAUAUAAACGAAAC